UGUUAGGUGUAUUUUAUUCACAUACUUCAUAACAGUCUCAAGAGGAAAGCAAUUCUCCGUAAAGCAGUGAGCCAUGGAUGAUGUAGAGGCUGAUGGUUUUCCACAGGAUGAAUUGACAAAUCGGGAACUGGUUAAAUCGCCCGUUAACCUCGAAUUGUGGACAGAUGACAAAGGAGUUCCCACAGAGAUCUUCUUCACCAAGUCGAACAGAAAGUGUCUGAAGCGGCUCAGAGAUGCGAUGCUGCUUCAUAACUGGCAGGAGGCUGCGGUUUAUUACAACUCUUACAUUCAGGCACUGGAGGCCAGGAAUAGCAUUAAAGUGCAUCCAACGGCUUCUGAGAUCACAUGGAGAAUAGGCACAGAAAUUCUGCGUCAUCUCCCUAACGCCACCGCUGAAGAUUUCAACGCUGUAAAUGAACAGUUGAAAAACAAUGGAGUCAAAAACUUCUCGAAGAUCUGUUUGGAGCAUUGCUUUCAUCUCCUACUAAACGGGCAGAUGGAAGAAGCCAAGCGGCAGCUGUCCGUCGGAGAGAGCUGGAGAUAUGGCAACUUCUCGAUUGCUCAGGGUGAGGCCAAAAAUCUCAUCCGUGCGUACAGCGGUUUCCUAGAUUACUUGAUCUGGUGUGAGAAGAAGUCCUCUACAGCUGGAACCGAUGAGGCGAGCCGUAACCAUGAGAUGCACAGCUACUUCAGAUAUGCUUCUGUGACCCUGAAGGACAUCAUCAGUCAGCCUGGAAUCUGGGACCCUUUUGUGUUGGGUUACAUUAAUAUGCUGGAGUUUUACAACGAUGAGGACGGCGCUCUGCAGAUUCUGGAGAAUUACGCUUACAACAAGGAUUUCCCAAUCAAUCCCAAUGCUCAUGUGUACCUGUACCAGUUCCUCAAGAGACACAAUGCCCCAAAUGACAGACUGAUCAGGUCAUUAAGGAUUCUGCACUCUUUAGUCCCGAGUCAUGAACUGAUGCUGGAUCUCUGCUCUCUCCUGCUGAGCACCCGCCUCAUGAGUGAUCUAGAAGAAGCUCUCAGCGUUUCAAUGGACCUUCUGGAGUUUUCCAGUUGGAAAUGUGACAUGAAGGCUUGGUCGUGUCUUCUGAACAUUAUGAAUUUACUAAAACAGAAAAAGCGCAAGGAGUUUGUAUUGAAGGAAUGGGACGCCAGGCGACCGCUGUGGUUCUCCUUUCACUUCAGAAUCCAUUUCGCCAGGGUAGACCUGGUGGAGAACGUCAGUCUUCUGCAGAUCAAGAGUGAAGUUUUAAAGGGUCUAGGUGAACGCUUUUUAGAAUACAGAAGAUACGCUCAAAACUUAAAGAGAAAAUCUGAAAGUAAAACAAAGGAAUGCGCAUUGAGGAAGAGCAAGAAAAGGAAGGUAAAGAAGGAAAAGAUGGAGAAGGAAAAAAAGAAGAAAAGAUGAAGACCAAGAAGUCCAAGUAAAAGAUACAAUAAACAUGUAAAAUUUUGAUGUUUUCUAGAUUUGUACCAGACAACGUUAUAGUUGUCCAUGUAUGACACAAGACUCUCUUUAUAUACUGUGUAUCUGCUCAUGUUGAGCUUCACUUUCUAUUAAAAUUAUGGAA